ACAGGCUCCAGAGCCUCGAUACUUACAGUAGGGCGUAACACGCCCCAUGGUGUACAAGUUACAAGUUAGCCUUUGCUUUUGCUAGUAUAGCGCCGAUACCGGGUUCCGACGUCAUUCCGAGAUUUAAUGAACUAUCCAUUCAAUUAAUUCGUUUAUUGAGUUACCUUCAACAUUCCAAAAGCCACGACGAGACAUGGCAGAAGAACAGAAGCCAACCGUGGCAUUCUUGGGUCCAGAGGGCAGCUAUACACAUCAAGCAGCCCUAGACGCCUUCCCCCCAUCAACAAACCAGGUUUCCCUCACACCUGAAAUCACAAUCGAAGACGUCUUCUCGACCGUCCAAUCCGGGACCGCAUACCGGGGUGUCGUACCCUUUGAAAACAGCAGCAAUGGUAGCGUAGUCUUUACCCUCGACCUCUUCGCCGACCUCAACAACAAAUAUCCCGAUAUCCUCGUCUGCGGCGAAGCUUAUGUGCAUGUCAAACACUGUUUGUUGGGUUACUCAUCGAACCCCACUACUACCCCGGAUUACUCCAACAUCAAAAAACUCUACUCACACCCCCAGGCCUGGGGUCAGUGUAAAGAUUUCCUCACGCGUUACCUUAAGACGGCUGAACGACACGACGUGAGUUCUACGAGUAAAGCAGCAGAAAUUGCGAGUAAAGAUAAGAGUGGUGAGUCUGCUGCGUUGUCUAGUUUCAUCGCUGCGGAGCUGUUUGGCCUGAACGUGUUGGCCAAAGAGAUCAACGACGAGAAGGGGAAUAGUACAAGGUUCUUCGUCAUUCGCAAAAAGGACGACAAGACGACAUCAACCAGUUCAACUGCCAAGACGAGUUCGAACAGAGAUAAUUGGAAAUCUCUCAUCACGUUUACGAUUGAGCACUCCAACCCGGGUGCACUCGCAAAUUGUCUCACGGUUUUCUCGUCUCAUGGAAUCAACCUGACGAGUAUAAAUACACGACCGAGUGGCGUGAGAAACUGGCAUUAUGUCUUCUUUGUGGAGUUCAAAGGGAGAAAGACGGAGGAUGGGCAAGGGGAGGUGAAUGCGGCAUUGAGGGAAUUGGAUCAGGUUUGUAGGGGGUGGAGAUGGUUGGGGAGUUGGGAGAACAGGUUGGUUGAGGAGGAAGGGGUUCAGUGAGGUCUCUUGUUGAAAUGCAGCCAUUAAGCAACGCGCAGAUCACGAUUACACAACUUCGGACUGCCCAACCGCGUGAAAAAGAUCACUUCCAUAUUCAUCGCUCGUGAAUCAACACCCUAGUCCACCAGGAUCAUAGCCCAGUGUAAAUCUAGUUUCUCCUUUUACAAGUAUCUCAGUGAUGUCCUCUUUGCAUGUCCAUCCUCGCACUCCAAACCUGACACGACGGACGCCUACUUUGUCCGGUCAGGGAGCUCCUUGGGUGCCCUCCACUCCUUGACAUAGGGCAAGAAGUCAGGCUGACCAGGGAUGUACUUCCUCAGGACCUCGGGGACAACGAAGCCUUCAGGUGUCUGGUAGUUCUCGAGGAUACAGCAGAGUGUUCGUUCGGUUGCGCAAACUAAGUACAGAAAUGUGUUAGCUUUCAUGAAUUUCCAUCCAAACCAUGGGAAGGCUAGAGCAACA